AUGAGAGCGCCUUUAAUUGCUAUAGAGGGGCUUGAUAGAAGUGGCAAAUCCACUCAAACUUUAAAGCUAGUUAGAAGGUUGCAAGAUAGUAAUCGUUCUGUGAAAUUACUGAAGUUUCCUGAGAGAACUACAGCUAUCGGAAAGCUAAUUGAUCAAUAUUUGAAGGAUAAGAAGUACAAACUUUCGGAUGAAUCUGUACAUCUUUUAUUCUCAGCUAAUCGUUGGGAACUGCAGGAUAAAAUUAUAGACCUAUUAACAAAUCAAUAUAUUGUAGUUGUUGAUAGAUACGUGUAUUCGGGUGUGGCAUACUCAGGUGCCAAGGGUCUUAAGUUUCAGUGGUGUCUGAAUCCAGAUCUUGGUAUGCCAAAGCCAGAUGUUACCAUAUUUCUAAAGUUUAACGAUAUGCUUCAGGUGACAACAAGAUCUGGUUUUGGUGAAGAAAGGUAUGAAGAAUCGGAAUUUCAGAAGAAAGUUUGUGCACAAUUUAAAAAAUUUGAAGGAUUUUCUGAAUGGCAUAACAUUAAUGUUGAUAACAAAAGUAUUGAAGAGGUUCAUGAUGAGAUAUGGAAUUUAGUUGAGCCUGUGAUAAAUGGAAUUAACAAUGAUAUACAAACAUUUUAA